AUGUCCGAACGAAAAGUGCUCACCAAGUACUACCCACCGGAUUUCGAUCCUUCGAAGAUCACGCGCCAGCGCGGCCCCAAGAAUGCCGGUCCUAAGCUGAUGACGGUCCGCCUCAUGGCACCUUUCUCCAUGAAAUGUACCCACUGCGGCGAGUUCAUCUACAAAGGCCGCAAGUUCAAUGCGCGCAAGGAGACGACCGACCAAAAGUACUACAACAUCGCCAUCUUCCGCUUCUACAUCCGAUGCACGCGAUGCUCCGGCGAGAUCACCUUCAAGACAGACCCCAAGAACAUGGACUACGAAUGCGAGCGUGGCGCGAAGAGAAAUUUCGAGCCGUGGAGAGAGGCCAAGCUCAAUGAGGAGACUGAAGAGGAACGCCUGGAUCGCAUAGAAAGGGAGGAGGCAGAGCGCGACGCCAUGAAAGAACUCGAGACAAAGGUCAUCGAUGCCAAAACCGAGAUGGCCAUCGCGGACGCUCUGGACGAGAUUAGGUCGAGAAACGCAAGGCUAGAGAAGGCGGACCGCGAGGGCAAGGGAACCGAGGUACAACCCGAUGCUGCCGACGAACGACGCAAGAAGCAGGAGGAAGAAGACGCAGAGGCUGCACGACAAGCAUUCGCGAAUCGGAGCAUGCCUGACAUCGGCGAGGAGACGAUUGACGAAGACAUGUUCGACGCGCCUAUCGAGGUACCUGUUGCUACAACUUUCACCAAGAAGCCGAAGGAAAAGAAAGACUUUAGCGCAGCGUUAGGCCUGAAGAAAAAGGCGCCUGCCUCGACCCCCGCCCCUCAGGUCAAAGCCGCCGCACAACCCUCGAAAUUAUCGACCAUGCUCGUAGCUGGUUAUGAUAGCGAUGACGACUGA